UGCAUCUGUCUUCAGAUGUAUAGCUCUACAAGAGAGCGUCUCACCCUCUCGAGGAAACACAUCUUAGUUAACGCAAUUCUUGUGUGCUUUUUUUGAUGUUUUGGAAGCCAUGGAGAGCGACUGUACGGAUUAACUUGCGUUUAGCAUUCUUCAACUGAGUCUGUAAUAAUUUACAGAGGAUAUCGCGGUUGUCUUUGGACCUUAAUGACAAGUUAGCCAACCUGUUUCGUGUGCCAUGUGGGAAUAAACCUCGCAGGAGGUGCCAUGCUAGCAACACAGAUGCCAGAUACGCCACCCGAGGCUAAAGAUGUCAAACAGAUCAAAGAGAGGCUGGCACAGUCACUCAAGGCCCUGCAGAAGCGAUAUGUAACGUCAGACACAGUGGUCACCAGUGAAGAUGCUGAUGCUAACCUCCUCUGCUGUGCCCUGGAGGCCAUCUUCAUCCACGGUAUCAAGAGCAAGUACAUCCGUUCGGAGGCUGGGGGCCGGGGUAAGAAGGCAGACCGAGGACCCCUCCCUCAGCCUUUCUUCUGGAGCCUCCUCAAGACAGUCACCCACCGUGAUGUGAUCACAGAGCUGGAGAAGAUCAGCUUUGUGGGCACGGACGUGGGUCGCUGCCGAGCGUGGCUGCGGCUGGCUCUCAACCACGGCCUACUGGAGUGCUACCUUGCAUCGCUGUUUCGUGAGGGCUCCAAGCUGCGGGCCCACUACCAGCCCAGUGCCUUGCUCCUGGACACUGAGGAGCGGGAAGUUCUGCUCAGCUACCUCCAGGGUCUGGCCUCACUUACAUUCAGCCUGUCCUACAAGUCAGCUGUCCUCAACGAAUGGACCACCACGCCUUUGGCUCUCGCUGGACUCUGCCCCCUGUCCCAGGCGGACACGCUCGACCUGCCCGUCAACGGAGGAGACCUUCCCACCUCCAAGCCCACGUAUAAAGAAUCUUGGGAUACAGUGUCUCAGUCGUCCGGCUCAUCCGAUGCACAGGAUGUGCAGAUAGGAUGCCCAGUGUUGGGGAGAGGGACAAGUGCACUACAAGGGGGUAGGACCGCACUCAACUCGUCUAAUUUAAGCCUGAACACCACAGGCUCCUCUCAGCUCUCCUCCAGCUUGAGCUCUGAUAGCCUCCUGCAGGGGCAGGACCCCCGCAGCCCGACAGGAGAGCAGUGGUCAUAUGACCUGGAAAUGCCCAUUAAUGUCAACAACAGCACCAAGAGGUCAAAGAAGGAUUCUCUGACAGAGUUCAGGGAGAGUGGCCACUGCAGUCAGGACUCCAUGCGUGAAGACUCCUUUGUCUCCAGCACAGGUCCAGAUCAGUACUCCGAGACGGCCAUUUUCAGUGGCUCUGACAGCGAGACCCAGGGUCCCCCAACACCAUCCCAAGACCAAGUGGGCACACUCCCAAACUCUGUACUGUCUGAUUCAGAGCCACCCCCAACAUCUGAAGACAACCAUGUUAACUACUCUCCCUCUGAUGUGUGCCUCAAUACUUCUUCUGAGUCACACUCGGACACAGACAUGCCCGCUACAGUCAGUGAGCCUGUGGAGCCUGUGGAGUCUGUGGAGUCUGUGGAGCCUGUAGAAGAAGUACGUGCAACCUUUUUUCAGGAGAGUCCUGAGCCUCUUCAGGUAGAGAAAAAAGCAGAGACUUCCGAGCCUUCAGUGCAUCAAGGCUCACGUCGCUCCACCAGCAUCCUGAGCACACAAUUGUCCUCAGAUUCUUUAUCACAUUCUCGUUCCUGGAUCUCUGACGAUGACAUCUACAAGCCCCAUCUGGAGGACAUGUCAGACCACGAUGAGGGGCCUCCUCCUGCUCCCACGGCCGAGCUCAAGGUUUAUCAGUCACCUCCCAGUGUCGUCCAUCGCAGACAAAUAGGGCUGUUCAACCCUUUUCGGGGCUUGCUGAAGCUCGGUCAUCUCGAGCGGCGAAGUGCGAUGGGAUUGUGGCGCGAUCACUACUGUGAGCUUUCGCCCUUCGAGUUCCGGCUCUAUCUGAAUGCAGAGGAGCGGACAUGUUGCGACAACUGCUCCCUGGUGCGGUGCGAGGACGCUCGCAUCGCUUCACCCGAGGGCCGCUUUGAGUUGGCCUUCCCUGGGAAGCGACUGUACCUCCGGGCAGCCAAUCGCGGCGAAGCUGAGGACUGGGUGGACCGGAUAGUAGAGGCCGUCAACAAAUGCCGUCCAGCAUCUCGCGUCGAUGAGCAGUGGGAGGUGCUGCAGUCCACCAGCGAGAAUGGUGUGGAUGUGUCCUCCCUUUCCUCCGCCCCCUCCAGCCCUGAGGGAGGUUCACUCUCGGACACAGGGACGUAUGAAGCGCAGGAGGCGCCGCCUCCUCCACAGGAAUUUGACUGGUCUCGGAGUGCCGAUUUGGAAACGGAUGCCAUCAAAGAAGCGGUUUUGUACUUCUCCACAGAUUCUGAGGCUCGGACAUGGGCGCCUCUGGUCUUCUCCCUCUCGUUGGAGGCUUUGAAAGGCUUUCGGGUACAGGAGGGAAGGAAGCUGCUGCGGCAAACCCACCCUAUUGAGGAAAUCCGAGAUGUGGUGCCCGACGUCUCUUCGGGAGGGCCGGCCUUUUUCAAACUGCUGACCGUCAGGGAGACGCUUAGACUGAGGGCGGAGAACCCAGAGGAGGCUCGUUCUUGGAGGGUUUUGAUCCGAGGAGCUCUGGACUCGUACCUGGAGAGUGGGGAGGACGGGGGCUCUGGAGAGCCAGCUGUACUAUGCCCGGGAGUGAGCGGAAAUCUCCAUAGACUGGUGCAGCACAGACUAAAAGAAGAUGGAGCACUUUUUGUUCAUCUGUGCACUGUGCCCUCAGAGAAGGGGCUGGACAGUCAGAGCUUCAAGUGUGCAGGGUGUUCUCAGCAGAUCGGCCCAUCCCUGGGCAGAGCCAGGCUUUGUGAGUUCUCGGGACAGUACUACUGUGAAUACUGUCACCACGGUGACGUCUCCAUCAUCCCUUCACGCAUGGUGCACAACUGGGAUCUCACACUACGAGAGGUGUCUAGGAAGGCCCUGCAUCUGCUGGCUCAGGUGGAACAGGAGCCUUUGCUGAACCUGGAGCGGCUGAACCCUGAGCUGGUUAACCAUGCUGAAUCCAUGGCUCAGGCCCACAACCUGCGGCAGAGGCUGCGCCUGCUGGGCGACUACCUGCUCACCUGCCGCAGCGGAGCCUGCAAGAAACUCCAAGCCAGAAUGGAGCAGCGAACGUACCUGUUGGAGUCGAGUCAUCUGUACAGUGUCAUGGACCUACGACAGAUAGCAGAGGGUCAAUAUGCAUCCUACCUGAGCACGCUGCUGCAGUAUGCCUCUAACCACGUGUUCCACUGCGACCUGUGCACCCAGCGUGGCUUCAUCUGUCAGAUAUGCCACGCUGAUACCAUCAUCUUCCCCUUCCAGUUUGACAUCACCACCAGGUGUAAAGAUUGUAAGGCUGUGUUUCACCUGGCCUGCAAGGCUGCUGAGGACUCAUGUCCUCGCUGUCAGCGGAUGAAGAAAUACCUGGAGAGAGAUCUGCAGGACUGAGCGCAGCCAGCAGGGCGGCGCUGUGUAGCCCACUUCUAACAAGGCCACGUUUUUUCAGGAAGCUAGAGGGGGCGCCGACGGGGCAGAAAAUCUAGCUUUUACAAUAAGUAACCUCAAGUGCAAUUACGAGUGCCCUAACUGACCUUGCAACGGAAGAGGAAGGUGUAAGAGUGACAGUGCUACAGUAGCUAGACUCGCUUGCAUUUCUGUAGAGGCCUCACGAUGCUGACAUAAUGCAGCCAAAUGGUACUGACCAGUGACUUUAAUACCUCUCUCAAUUCAGACUCCGCCACGGCAUCAAACAAGGGACCGUGAAGGUUGCUGCCAAGAAUCAUAUCCAACACAUUUUUUUUACAUCCAGUUUUUUAAAAGCUUUUUGUCUCAUUGUGUCGUAUAUAACAUUAUUCUUCUUCACCAUCAUGUUUACCAGAAAUGCUCCACAGAACAUUCUGCGUUUGUCUCAGAUGCAUUUAUUUAAACACAAUGCAGCAGUGAGGUUGGGUACUCAACAUGCAAAAUAUCAAAAACAAAUGUUCAACAGAUUUUCAUCGUGCCUUCUUUGUAAUUUAAGCUUUACACUAUUUUCCUCUUGCUGUGUGUUUAAUAUAGCACCAAAAAUCAAUAAACUAGACAGUUUUGCAUUUAAUUUACCAUAACAUAAUAUAUUUACAUAAUUACAUUGCUGCAUUAGAUACUGAUUUUGUGUAAAGGUGAUAAUCAGUCACCGAGAAGACUUUGUGGAAUGUUUCUCUCAGUCUAUCAACUCAACUUUUACAAACGGACAUAAAUGUAUGUAAAAUGAGGGCUGCACCGAUCCGACUUAAUUGGCCGAUACCGAUCCAAUACUAAGGUUUGGUUAUUAAGAUGUAUUCCUUACUGUGUGAAUGUGACUGGGAUCAUUCUUUUGUGUGUUAGUUAACAUCUGGCUGGAUUCAAACAUUGCUUUCCUAUCUUUGUAAAACAAAAUGUAAAAAAAAUAUGUAAUUGUUGUUUAUUAUUAAAAUAAAAAAAAUCCUGCACCAGC